AGUAUUUUUUUCUUUCUUAACGUGGCCACAAGACCCGGCCUCAGUGUCCGCGGAAGUUUCAGAAAAUCCUCGUCCUCCGGGAACCCGUGAAUGCAUCAUUACCCGGGGAAAUCAAACAAGUCUCGCAGUUCUCUGUGUUCGGUAACCUCCUUGGAUAUGUGAGCAUGGGCAGCCAAAGUGACUGCACCAGUGACCCAGAUGAGGAGCUUCCUGUGUUUGACUUCCUCCAGCCAGCCUCCCACAGACGUGCAGAGAAACCAGACUUUGAUGGUUUUGAUGCUGCAGCAGCAGCUGUCUCCUCCCCAGGGAGGGGGAGUGGUGGCGUGUGCAUGGGAAUGGCUAAUGUAACGAUAAUCAGCAGCAGUUCCGAUGAUGAUGAUGCACCUUAUGUUCCUUUAGCACAAAGAAUCAAGGCAAGGCGAGACAAUGUGAUUAGCACCUCCUCCAUCGUGACUAAUGAGAAUGAUGCCGAGCACUGUUUGCCGCUCUGUCUGCCCAGCUCACAGUUUUCUGGCCAGAAUGGCUUUUCAGAGUCAGAGUGCCCGCUCGGCUCACAUCAGGUGAGAAAAAUGGGCUGUGGACAGGAGCUUCCUCUGAACGGAGCAAGGAACACAGACACUUUUCCUUCCAAGAGGAAACUUGGCAAGCGAAUGGUUGAGGAGAUCCAGGUCUCCAGGGAGGUGGCUCUGAGUAAGAGGGAGGCUAAGAAGAGACAGCAGCCAGACAAGGAUGUGCUCAGGGAGGAACGAGAGAGACAGAAAAUGGAGAGGAAAGCUCUGGCAGAGGCUGCUAGGGCCCUGAGGCCAGAGGAAUGUAUCAAGCAUAUGGUGGUGGUGGUGGAUCCAGCUCUCCUACAGCUGGAAGGAGGCGGCACUUUGCUGGCCUCGUUACAGGCUCUGGGUUGUAGCUGCGCCAUCAAGAAACAAUCCCUCCCACGCAGUGUGAGCUGGAUGAGAAGAGCUCCCUGUGCGCAGGCAGAUGAAGGAGCAUCUGUACCAGAGGCCUAUGUUGUGAUACAGAUGACAGUGGAGGACUUCAUUACUUUGAUCCACAACUACGUUCAGAAUGAGAGGCAUGGCAGAUCAGACUGUGGGCCCACAUUGACAUCCUGGGUCCAGGAGCAGCAGAGGCGUCACCUUGGCAAGACCCUUAGCCUAGCAGUUAUUGAGCUUGAGAAAUACUUCAGAUCACAGAAAUCACAAAACCAGAAGCAUUUUCGAGAGGCUGUUGCUGGGGAGGAGACGGGGGGAAGUAAAACCAAGAGGAGAAAGAAGAAUGGUGGAGCUGGUGUACUGCCUGAGGUGUCGCGAGUUGACGUAGAGGAGGCAAUGGUGCAUCUCCAGCUUCACACUGGUGUCUCAGUCUGCUUCUUUUGUACCUGGAGGGACUUCUCGGAUCACAUCACCAUGACAACCAAAGCAGUUGCAGAGGCCCCUUUCAAGAGAGAGAGGGAAAAGACUGGCUUUUCCUUCUACCUAGAGAGUGAGUGGGCAGGGGGCCAGCGGGUGGAUAGAGGUGGUAAGGGUCUGCUGCAGGUGUGGAAGAGACAGAUCCAGCAGUUCAACAGAGUGAGCCCAGACAUGGCUGCUGCCAUCUUGGCAGCUUAUCCCUCUCCACAGCUGCUCAAGAAGGCUUACAACCUGUGCAGGACCAAACAAGAGAAGGUCUCUUUGCUCUCUGACCUACUGAUCCGGAGAGGAGAAGGUGUCACUUCCACCACUCGUAGGAUUGGUCCGGAGCUCUCCAGACGCAUCUUCCUGACAAUGAGCUCCUGUGAUCCAGAACUGAGUCUAGACUCUAAUCUCUGAAAUUUGAAUUUGAUUUUGUGGCCCACCUGCUUUGAGUUGGACGUUUGUGGUCAUAUCUUUGAAUUUAAUACUAUGUAAUUAAAGUUCAGAUUUUUAAAAAUUUUA